AUGACUGCGUUGGUGCGACUUGUGUUGUUGGUUUCAGCCUUAGCGCUGGGAGGGCUGUGUCAGACGGGCAAUGUCGCGUUUGGAUACAACCCGCUGUGCAAUGGCUCUUUCGCUGAUGCCAAUGCGACUGGGGUCUACUACUACAAUCCACAUGUCGACCAAGGCCAACAAGCCAGACAGCCCGACAACAACUCUGGCAAGACGAGGGACAUCGGCAUCGCAUUUACUGGCGCCAAUUACUCAGAUGACUUCGGUCUUGGAUACGACGUCUGCGGGAUGAACUUUGGGCCCUUCCCGGACAACACCAACCUUCGCGGGCAGGCAGACAAUGGCUCUUGCACGACCAUGUUCGACGCCGACUGCGUCAAUGCGAUUGAGCUUGCCGUACAGCAGUAUGCACUGGACCUCGUGGCCAAUCCUACUCCGGAGCCAAACAGCAAUUUGACACAGCAGUCUCUCCCAGGCGUAUGCAAUAGUAUCGGGGAGAUGUUGCAGAGCAACAUACCGCAGGAAUGCACGAAAUACGUCAACGGCUCGACGCAAGUUGGAAGUCGGACAGGUCUCACCGGCUACAACGAGUCCCUCGUGUACGCCACAGGUUGUACCGUCCGAAAUAAUAACGGCACAUGGUACGAGCUCCUCAGCGACACCGUCGAUUACAACAGCGAGACCUAUUCCAUUCUCACGCAGACCGUUACACCCAUCAUCGCCGUCUGGAUGCCGAUCGCGAACGCCGACCGACCCUCGACCAUCUCAUACGCUACGGCGGGAAUGAUCUGCGUGAAUGUGAAUCACUUCAACCCCGGGAGUGUCGUGCCGGCCGCUUUACCCUCACCGACACCUGUAGGAAGCGGAGGAGGAUUGAGUGGAGGCGCAAUAGCAGGGAUCGUGGUUGGUGUCGUCGUAGGCGUGGCAUUGAUUGUCGGACUGGCUGUGUGGUGGUUCCUGGCCAAGAGAAGGAAAGGCAAGAAGAGCACGGAGUUGCCGGUGAACGAGAAGGAUACUAUUGAUAUGAGUGGUAAUGCUGUGGUUGGCGAUACGGAUUACAAGCACACGCAGAGUAGUCCGGUCGAGGCUCCUGCGGAAGAGAGGCCUUUGGCUGAACUGGAGAAUCAGGACUUCAGGCCGGAGCUGGAUGCCGGUAAGGAUAACCAAGUGUUUGAGUCGGAUGCAAAGCCCAGUGCUCCUGCUGUUGAGCUGGAAGGCAGUGCGCCGAACGCGCAGAGGUGA